UUUAGACGGUUAUACAUACAGGCAAAUUAAAGUGAUUAUAUGCAUUUUUAGUAAACAUAUGAAUUUCUCCUGACAAAUUGUGAAAAUGAUUAUGAUGACUUUGGUUAUGUUUGGAUUGCUAAAAUUGAGUGCUAAAGUUUAGCACCUAUUAGCACUUAUAUCAUUGCUAAAGUUUUUAUGUCUUGGCUAAGAUUAAGCCCAUCAAAUUAGCAUUUUUAUUUGGAUGAACUAAUGCUAAAGUUUAGCACUUUUGGACAAUAGCACUUUGAUCCAAACACCCUUUAUUCAUGACGGGCUGGAAACAUGGAGGCCCGUCAUUUCUGACCCUUGCUGGUGACGGACUUUUGAGGUCCUAAAAGAAAGUAUUAUGAGGUGAUGUAAGUGGGCUAAAUGGAGUAUCAUAUUAUAUUUGUGCUGAGUUGGAGGGGAGAAAUGGUGAGGGAGAAGAGAAGCGAACUGCAAGUUUACAACCUGCUUCCAGCCUGCUGCAACACAAACUCCAAUAGUGGUGAGAGAAUGAGAGAAGUAAGAUAAAUUAUUAAUGUUUCAAUCCAGCUAUACAACUAACUAUUAUAUGGGAUGGCUAUUAGAUACAUACCAAAAAUCCAGUUGUUUCUUGUCGUAUGCUGUUUUUUCUCAGAGGAAAAAGAAGAAAGAAUAUGUGCUAUUUGUACAAUGUACUGCAGUUCUAUUCUCUUUUGCGUUUGACUAAGUGAUUAAGUGUACCUGCAGUGAUGACAACAGCUCGACUGAAACUGAAUAAGGACCUAACCAAACAACAGGACCUCUCUGGAAGUACGCCGACACACUUCGCUGCAUCAGCACAUGAUCCUUCCCUUGAAUUUUUCCUAUAUGUCUUUAUGGAGAGGACCCUCGAGUUUUACUCAUUGGGCAUCUAUUUCGCACGGAAAAAUUGGCUUAUCAAACUCUACAGGUGCUUGAACCUUCCUCUUUACCAACUGGUCGGUGCUGAUCCUUCUUCAGCGUUUCAGCCUGACAACGAUGGGUUGUUCCCGGUGCACGUCGCUGCCUCGGCAGGCAACCUGGUUGCUGUCAUCAUCCUUCUUAUCAUGUGCCCUGGCUGCGCUGGAUUGCGUGAUUCUCAGGGCAGGACCUUUCUUCAUACUGCUGUCGAGAAGGGGAGCCUUAAUAUUGUGAAAUUUGUGCGCAUGAGACCACAGUUUAACUCGAUCCUGAAUAUACAGGACAACCAAGGGAACACUGCUCUGCAUCUAGCUAUCCUUGAAGGACAUUUGUCCAUAUUCCAGACUCUCAUCAUCAACCCACAUGUUCGCCUGAACUUGCCAAAUCAUGAAGGAAAAACCCCCAUGGAUCUUGCCGAGAGCAAAGCUCCACCAGGUUUUUAUUUUGGGAUGCAUGCACGGCGUAGGAUACUUGGUACGCUGACUUUUGUAAAUGCUCAGAAUGGCAACUGUCGCCGUGAUCAUUUCAAAGAAAAGCUCGUUCCGAAGCUAAACAAGGAUGAAGAGUCAAAAAAGAUAACGGAGUUUGCGCAGAUUGUGGGCAUCUGCUCGGUGCUUGUCGCGACGGCAACAUUCGCCGCAGUCUUCACAAUGCCCGGCGGUCUCUGGUCUGAGGACAACGAGGGUGACCCCAGGGCGCCCGCCGCUGCGCCGAGCCCAGUUGGCCCCAUUGGGACGCCUAUCAUGGCCGGGAAAUAUGCUUUCAACGGGUUUGUCCUCGCCAACACAUUAGCAUUCAGCUGCUCGGCUAUAGCCACCUUCAGUCUCGUCUACUGCGGGAUGGCUGCGGUUGACCUAGAGAAACGCAUCAAGCUGGUUUCUAUCUCGCUAGCACUGCUGAACGGCGCCGCGAGAAGCUUCUGCGCUGCCUUCGCAUUUGCGCUCUAUCUACUCCUUUCUCCGGUGGCCCCGGCGACCGCCAUCGCCACGGCCACGAUGACGGCUCUUGUGUUGCUCGACGCGCUUCGCUUCCUGUGGCUACUGUUCGGUGACACAGUCAUCGUCCUCAAGAGAAGGGGAGGCGCGGUGCCACUGCUCAAGUUAACAACUGCAUUCAUUGUCAACAUGGUGUAUCUCUUCUGGCCUUACAUCAUAAUCUUCAGCCUGCUGGGAGGUCAUAAUAAGAGCCCGUUGCACCCAAAUUGACUCCUCUGCCAGCGUACAUGUGAUUCAGGACAGCUGUACGUGAUGGACCCGUGACACCGUGCCAAGACUCCUUGCCCGUAUUUAAUUUUUUCUUGAGAACAAUUCUUUGUGAGCCAUUUCAAGUCUAUAGUCUUAAUUUGUACGUGUCUGUGGGUCGUGGGUGUAAGCAGCUCCUAUACUCGCGCUCCAUUUGUUUGUUUCUAAAUGGACUAGAUAUAUGCCCGUGCU